AUGGAAUUUCUGGACAUUGGUUUGGCCUUUCUAACAUGUCUCUUUUGUUGUUUGUGGUGGAGAAGCCACUUCACGGCCUCUCAUAAGAGGAAAAUCCUCCCACCAGGGCCACCAGGGUGGCCGAUUGUUGGCAACCUUGUUCAGGUCAUCCUUCAGAAACGUCCAUUCAUGUAUGUCGUACGUGACUUGCGUGCCAAGUAUGGUCCAAUCUUUACCAUGCAAAUGGGCCAACGUACCUUAGUCAUCGUCACAAGCUCAGACCUCAUCCAUGAAGCCCUAGUCCAAAAGGGUCCGAUUUUUGCUAGCCGGCCCCCAGACUCUCCUAUCCGAUUACUGUUUAGCGUCGGAAAAUGUGCCAUCAAUUCUGCGCAAUAUGGUCCCCUCUGGCGCACCCUGAGAAGGAACUUUGUAACGGAGUUGAUCAACCCCACCCGGAUCCGACAAUGUAGUUGGAUUAGGAAGUGGGCCUUUGAAGAACACAUGAAAAUAGUAGAAUCCGAAAACUCACAAUAUGGGUUCGUAGAGGUGAUGAGUACUUGUAGACUUACAGUUUGUAGCAUUUUGAUCUGUUUGUGUUUUGGUGCAAGAAUUUCAAAGGAAAAAAUCAAAAACAUAGAGAGCAUACUUAAAGAUGUUAUGAUGAUCACCUUGCCAAAGCUGCCGGAUUUCAUGCCUGUGCUCCUCCCACUCUUCCGCCGUCAACUGGUGGCUGCAAAGGAGCUGCGAAGGAGGCAGAUGGAGUGUUUGGUCCCGUUGGUAAGAGCAAGACGAGCAUUUCUGGAGAGCCGUGUAGACAAUAUGAAAAACCCUAGUGUUAACCGGCUUAAAGCUGAUGAUUUGGAGAUGGUGAGCCCUGUUGGCGCUGCCUACAUUGACUCACUUUACAAUCUCGAACCAGCCGGCAGGGGGAAGUUAGGUGAAGAGGAGCUCGUGACACUUGUGUCAGAAGUGAUCAAUGCCGGGACGGACACUAGCGCCACCGCUGUCGAGUGGGCGCUGUUCCAUUUGGUGAUGAAUCAAGAAAUACAAGAAAAGCUUUACAGGGAAAUAAUCGAAAAAGUUGGUGUAAAUGGAGAGGUUCAAGAAAGUGACGUGGAGAACAUGGCGUAUCUAGCUGCGGUGGUCAAAGAGACUUUCCGUCGACACCCACCUAGCCACUUCGUACUGUCACACGCGGCCACUCAGCCGACGGAGCUCGGUGGAUACGUGAUUCCGCCGGACGUGAACGUGGAGUUCUACACAGCUUGGGUAACGGAGGAUCCAGAUGUAUGGGAAGCUCCGGAGGAGUUUCGGCCUGAGAGAUUCUUGGAUGGCGGAGAAGGGGCGGGUGUAGACAUAACCGGAAUGAAGGGCGUGAAGAUGCUGCCCUUCGGUGCCGGACGGCGGAUUUGUCCGGCGUGGAGUUUGGGUACGUUGCAUGUUAACAUGUUGCUAGCAAGGAUGGUUCAUAAAUUCAAGUGGGUCCCUAUUCCGGGUAACCCACCAGAUCCGACAGAGACUUUUGCGUUUACUGUAGUGAUGAAGAAUCCUCUGAAAGCAACCAUUUUGCGUAGGGACAUAUCUUGA